CGCCGCCGCGGCGCCCGGCCGACGGCGGCCGCCUUCGCCCCCGCGGCGCGCCCCGCGUGGCCUGCCGCUGGCGCGGCGAGGGGGGGCGCCUUCGCCCGCGCGGCGCAGGCAAGCCCGCAGGCCGAGCAGGAGGUGGAGGCGCCCACGGGGCAGGCCCCCGCGCGCAUCUCGAAGAGGCUGCGGGACCGCCUGGCCGACGGCAUCGCGCAGUCGGUCGACCUGGCCGAGAAGGUGCCCACGGAAGACCAGAAGGUCAUCAAGCCGAAGUACGUUGACCUCAACGGCAUAGACCCCUGGACCGCCAUCCUGGGCAGCGCCCCGGUGUUCGGGCUGAGCUACGGCUUCUGGGCCCUCACGCAGGCCUCCGCCGAGUGGUUCGUCACCCACCCGAUCGAGGAGACCGCGUUCUACCCCAUCCAGCGGCUGGGCAUCGCCUUCCAGACCGCCGUGGUGGGACUCAGCUCGCUGGCCGCCGGCAUCUUCGGCUUCACCGCGCUGGGCCUGCUGCUGCUAGGCUUCAGGGUGCUCUUCGGGGUCGCCACGGGGGAAUUGGACCCGGCCAAGGUGGCGGACAGCCCCAUGCGUCAGUCGACCGCGGAGAAGGUCCGCGACAUUUUCACGCGGGAUCCCGUCGACGUGGUGAUGGAGGAGCGGUCCCGGAAGGCCGCAGAGCGGGCAGGCUGAGUGUGUUUCGAGAAGUUCCGCGGCUUGCCGAAAAGAGCGCCCAGCGCGCUAGAGUCAGCCUUGCCAGCGAUCGUUGUCUACCCCAUACCUGCAGCGUCGUGAAAAUAACGGAACGAGAGA